AUGUCCAAAGGUUUCAAUGGGCUGGCAAGGAAGGCAGGGGAGAGCUCUGAGGCCGAAGGGGAGCCAACAGCCCUGCCCACGCCAGCAGAGCGGGAGGCAGAGGCUCGUUUCGUGAGCACGGCGCCCACGUUAAAGCUCCUCAACCACCACCCACUGCUGGAGGACCUGCUGCACGAAGCCUUCCUGAAGAAGGACUACCUGGGCCAGGCAGAGGCUCGUUUCGUGAGCACGGCGCCCACGUUAAAGCUCCUCAACCACCACCCACUGCUGGAGGACCUGCUGCACGAAGCCUUCCUGAAGAAGGACUACCUGGGCCAGGCACCCUUCCUGCUCGGACUUCAUACUGUGGCCACGGAAGUCACCAGGGAUGAGGAGGGGACCACCACCACAUCCACCAUCACCACCACCACUGUCACCAUGGGGUCUCCUCUGUCACCAGUCCCCUGCAACCAGACACUGGGGGGCCCAGAGGGCUGGCUGGUGUCCCCAGAGCCAGCUGGUGUCCCCUAUGAUGGCAGCCUGGACUGCACCUACACUGUUUCUGUCUACCCCGGCUAUGGCGUGGAGCUCAAGGUGCAGAACAUCAGCCUGGCAGAGGGUGAGACGCUGACAGUGGAGAGCACAGGGGGGCUGGAGCCCACCCUCCUGGCCAACGAGUCCUUCCUGCAGCGGGGCCAGGUCAUCCGCACCCCGGCCUCCCUGCUGAGCUGCCCCUUCCCAGCACGGCCGGCUUUCGGGGAGGUGUCGGUGAGCAGCCUGCACCCCGGGGGGGAUGCCCGAUUCCGCUGCGCCGCUGGGUACCAGCUGCAGGGUGCCCGACGGCUCAGCUGCCGCAACGCCACCCGCCCCUUCUGGAGCGCCCGCGAGCCCCUCUGCCUCGCUGCGGCCCAUCGCCUGCACCUCCACUUCGAGAAGGUCUCGUUGGCUGAGGAUGAUGACAGGCUCAUCAUCCGCAACGGCAACAACAUGGAGGCACCACCCGUGUACGACUCCUAUGAGGUGGAGUACCUGCCCAUUGAGGGGCUGCUCAGCACUGGGCAGCAUUUCUUCCUGCAGCUCACCACCGACAGCAGCGGGGCCGCCGCGGGCAUGGCACUGCGUUAUGAGGCCUUUGAGCAGGGACAUUGCUACGAGCCUUUCGUCAAGUAUGGGAACUUCACGGCCAGUGACCCUCGGUACCCUGUGGGCACCACGGUGGAGUUCAGCUGUGACCCUGGCUAUACGCUGGAGCAGGGCUCCACCAUCAUCGAGUGCGUUGACCCCAGUGACCCGCAGUGGAACGAGACAGAGCCAGCGUGUCGUGCGGUGUGCAGCGGGGAGCUGACAGACACAGCGGGCGUGGUGCUGUCACCCAACUGGCCGGAGCCCUACGGCAAGGGCCAGGACUGCAUCUGGGGGCUGCACGUGGAGGAGGACAAGCGUGUCCUGCUGGACGUCCGCGUGCUGCGGCUGGGCACGGGGGAUGUGCUGACCUUCUACGAUGGGGACGACCUGACGGCGCGUGUCCUGGGCCAGUACACGGGCACCCGCGGUCGGUUCAAGCUUUACGCCUCCACCGCCGAUGUCACUGUCCAGUUCCAGUCAGACCCCGGCUCCGGCACCGGCGCCUAUCGACAGGGCUUUGUCAUCCACUUCUCCGAGGUCCCCCGUAAUGACACCUGCCCUGAGCUGCCCGACAUCGCCAAUGGUUGGAAGACGUCCUCACAGCCAGAGCUGCUCCAUGGCACCGUGGUCACCUACCAUUGCUACCCUGGCUUCCAGCUAUCUGGCACCGACCUCCUGAUGUGCCACUGGGACCUGACAUGGAGCGGUGACCUGCCCACCUGUGAGCGGGCCUCCUAUGAUGAGUUUUACAGCAACCGUAACCUGGAUGCCGUGGCCAAGGCUGUGCCCUCGGGGCCGGCACUGGAAGGCACCAACGUUGCCAUCGCCGUCUUCCUGCCCGUGCUGGUGGUGGCCCUGCUCAUCGGUGGCGUUUAUCUCUACUUCUCCAAGAUCCAGGGGAAGCCAGCCCUGCAGCUGCCCCUCGCCGGCUCCCACCCCUACGACCACAUCACCGUGGAGUCGGCUUUUGACAACCCCACCUAUGAGACAGGAGAGGAGCGAGGCCGCUGCCUGCGCGGCCUGUCUGCUUCCGUGCUGCCCUUACCCGGCCUCCCAGCCCCCCCGGGCAGGGACCUGCCCCUCCUCACCCCUCUCUAA